AUGAGGCGCCUAUCAAGGUAUCCAUGGUUAUGUUUUUACUUCCUCUUGUUCGGACAGAAUGUCCGUGGACUUUGGCCCUCUUCAAACUCUUCGGCAGUUCAACUGCUAGGUAUUGCAGAAAGGGAACUCAAUAUAGAAAAUUCUAGUUCAUCAUCGUUUUAUCAAACUCGUGCACUGUUUUACUCGGCGAUGUUACUCGCUCAGCAAUACAAUAUCACUGUUGGAGGAGAAUAUCUCGGUUGGAACUUAAUAGAAACAACUGGCGAUCCCAUCAUUGCUCUUCGGGCUACAUGUGAAACAAUAUCGACUUCCAACACUGUUGGCAUUGUUGGACCAGCUGUCUCAAGAGAAGCUCAUGUUAUUGCACCUUUUGGUGCAAGUAUCAAUAUUCCAACAAUAUCCUAUAGUGCAACUAAUCCUGAACUAUCUGACCGAAUAGCUAAUCCAACUUUUUACCGCACAGUUCCAUCGGACAAUGAUGCAGCAGUGACUAUCGCUAAUCUUUUUCUUGAAUUCAAUUGGACAAUGUGUCUAAUUAUUUAUCAAAAUGAUGAAUUUGGAACCGGAGGUGCUAAAGCAAUUUCCGACGCAUUUGUCGAUAGUAACGUAACCGUCACAGAAACGAUGAUCUUUGAUUUAAAUACGUUGUCUAUUCGCGGUGACUUAAAAAGUACAUUAACCGGCAGUUUAGCCAGAAUUGUAAUUGUAUGGGCUGAUACAAGUUACGCAACGCUAAUCCUGCAAAGUGCUCUCAAAGCAGAUGUAGUGGGUCCACUUUUUACAUGGAUAUUAGGCUCUGAUGUUCCGCUGACAGCUUUUGACGAAAUUUGGUACGAUCGUCUAAUCGGAGUGCUUACAAUUGGCCCCGUCGUCGGAAAUUUAGCUAAUGCACCUGUCAACCAAACAUUGUUGAAUGAUGCACUUGGCAUUUGGCAGAAGUAUGAACCUGAAUCAUUUCCUGGUACAGCGAAUGUCGAUUAUUAUGCGUUGUUUGCAUUCGAUGCAACAUGGACGUUGAUUCAAUCAUUUGCACAAUUGUGUCCCAAUAGCACUGUAUCGUCAUGCAUUACAUUUACGAAUACGUCGUUUUGUUUCGAUCGACGUGUUCUGAAUAUCCAUUCGAUAUUUGAUAUCAUCAACACAAAUACUUUUCUGGGUGUUACAGGCCCUGUUCAAUUUUCGACAAACAAGACGGACCGGGUCAAUGGCACCUAUUAUAUUGUGAAAAAUGUGCAACGUGUUUCAAGUACUCUAAAGUAUGUUCCAGUUCUAAUAUCCACAAACUCAGCUGCAUGGACGCCGCAAGCACAAGCGAAUGUAAUCAUUUGGCCUGGUCACUCACUAGCUGUACCGACAGGCUAUGCAUCGCUUCAAGGUGUCACGUUACAUAUUGCCAUUAUACUCACAGCGCCAUUUACUAUGAUGAAAGAAUACGUAGAUCAAAAUGGAAUAAUACAGAGGAGACUCACUGGAUAUAUUCCAGAUUUGAUUGACCACUUGCAACAAAAAAUGGGAUUCGUUCCAAAUAUUACAGUGCUGCCAGAAAACAUCACAUAUAAUAGUUUACCCGAUCUAGUCGCAAGUAAUGUUUAUGAUCUAGUGGUGGGCGAUGUCACAAUUAUGGCGUCGCGAAGAACAAAAGCGGCCUUUUCUGAUUCAAUCUUCGAUAAUUCAUUACGUAUUAUGACUCGACAAAAGACCGAAGAAGAAGUUCAUCGAUUUGGUUUCCUUCGUACAUUUGAACUACGCUUAUGGAUGGUUAUUCUCGGUUGUCUUGCAGGGUCUGCUUGUCUAUUUUUCUUAUACGAAGGACGUGUGCAUACAGAUUUAAGAAAUAGAUCAAUUCUCUCUCGUAUAGGAAUGAGUAUUUGGCUUGCUUUUGGAACACUUAUUGGAUAUGGCGCUGAUUUUCAUACAAGUUCAGCUCCUGGACGAGUUUUAACCAUUGGGAUAUACAUUACAAGUCUGGUCCUGAUCAGUGCAUACCAAGCAUAUCUCACCGCGAGUAUAACUGUUUCCAUAGCGCAAAGUUCUUUCUCUGGCAUUGAUGAUAUUAAAAAUGGAAAAGUCGCAUACAAUAGAAUAGGUAUUAUCAGUGGCUCAUCCAUUGAAGAUUACUUCCUUCGAGAAAUAUCUGAUGGCAGUCGUACUUAUUACGUACUAAGAGACAAACAGGAUAUGCUCGAUAAAUUAUUAAGUGGAAUAAUAGAUGUCUCAAUCAUGGAUACGGGUUUUGCCGAAUUCGUUACAAAUUCUAUGUAUUGUAAUUUGACCAUUAUUGGUGCGGGUUUUGAUCAAAGUGAAUUCGGGAUCAUUUAUCCCACGAAAUGGCUGUAUGAACAAGCUUUAGACGUGACGAUAUUAUCACUGCGUGAAUCAGGAGUGUUCGACGAUCUGAAAAGUAAAUGGUUUCAAACAAAUAAUUGUACAAGUUCGUCAACGGACACACCUAUGAAGUUAACACUUGGAGCGCUAGCUGGCUUAUUCAUUGUCUUUGCAGUAGUUAGCGCACUUUCAAUGCUGAUGUUUCUAUGGGUGAAACGCCGAGCACUACUUAGAUAUGUACGGCGACGUCGAUCAAGAAAUGCCAUUGCUCUCAAUCCUGCAUAUCGUCCAUAUGCUCAGCAUCUACCCUAUAUUGCUGGAUAUCACCAGGUUUGA